AUGAAUCUAAGGACCCUAAAACGGGGAACACAGGUGCAGCUUUUAGUGUUCCUGAUGGCUGUGACAAAAAGAGCAACGGAUAAUUUAUCUGUAUACACAAAGGUGUUCCUGGCCAUACUCAUGGCUACAGAGUGGGUGGGGGAGGUGGACGAAAAAGUGCUGCAUGCGGAUAUCACUGAUAUUCAGAUUCCAAUAGACUAUGAAACGGAGAAGCACAGAGUUGCCUUCAUUGAAUUUGAAUUUGCUGAACCCUCUUCUGCUGCUAUUGAUAACAUGAAUGAGUCAGAGUUCUUUUGAAGAACCAUCCGGGUCAACAUCGCCAAACCUAUGAGGAUCAAAGAGGGCUCUUCUCGUCCAGUUUGGUCAGAUGAUGAUUGGCUGAAAAAGUUCUCGGGAACGACUGCCGAAGAGGCUGAGGUGACGGAGUCCACUGGAGAAUCAGCCAAAUCAACAGCAGAUAACGAGCCCCCAGCCAAGAAGGGCAGAACAAACCCCCAGGUUUACAUGGACAUCAAGAUUGGCAAUAAGCCAGCAGGGAGACUGCGCUUCCUGCUCCGAGCAGACAGUGCUCCUAUGACCGCAGAGAACUUCCUCUGCUUGUGCACACAUGAGAAGGGCGUUGGCUUCAAAGGCAGCUGUUUCCACCGUGUCAUCCCACAGUUCAUGUGUCAGGGAGGAGAUUUCACCAACCACAAUGGCACUGGGGGCAAGUCCAUCUAUGGGCGAAAGUUUGACGAUGAGAACUUUGUCCUCAAACACACUGCUGCAGGUCAGCUCUCCACGGCUAACUCUGGAGCAAACAGCAACGGCUCUCAGUUCUUCAUCACCUGUGACAAAACGGAUUGGCUGGAUAACAAACAUGUGGUGUUUGGAGAGUUGAUGGAGGGCAUGGAGGUGGCAAAAGCCAUGGAGUCACCACACACACAAGGAACCAAAGAAGGCAAGACCAAGCAGAAAGUGAUCAUUUCAGACUGUGGAGACUAUGUUUAACUUGAAGCACAGAAGAGUGACUGUUGUAGCUGAGUGUGUGACUAUGUGUAAAAAAAUAUGCAGUAUCAGACUGAAGAAUGGUAAACUGCUCAGUUUUUAUCAUGUACUACACAUGUCCAUGACUCAUCUGCUGUACAUGGAUUCUCCCUGUUCU